AUGUACUCCCCAGCACGUUUCGCAAUUGUGUUGGUCGGGUUAGUCCCGACUGCUUUAGCCUGUCUUGGAUGGGAAGGUGGACUGCCCACCCCAACCUCGAGCAAAACAAUCUCAGCCCCCAUUACCAUUGGUGCUGGUGAGACUUUCGACGCUGGGUGGGUGAAGUAUGACCGUGGGUCUGGUGCUUGCGAAGAUGGCGAAGGAGGCGAUUCCGAUGCCGUGUUUCUUCUAGAGUCUGGAGCAACGCUCCAAAACGUCAUCAUUGGAAAGAACCAAAUGGAAGGCGUCCACUGUCUUGGGCCCUGCACGCUCCGGUUUGUCUGGUUCGAAGAUGUCUGCGAGGAUGCUAUCACCAUUAAAGGUGACAAGAAAGGCGAGGAAAGUUGGAUCAUCGGCGGCGGCGCGUAUCAUGCUUCAGACAAGAUCGUCCAGCACAAUGGCUGUGGCACCGUCAACAUCAUCAACUUUUACGCCGAAGACUAUGGUAAGGUAUACAGGUCUUGUGGGAACUGUAGCAGCCAGUGCCAGAGGAACGUUUAUGUGGAAGGCACAACUGCCUACGACGGUGGCGAGGUUGUUGGCAUCAACUACAACUACGGCGAUACUGCUACGUUGAUCAAUGUCUGCACCGAUGCCGAUCAUCCCUGCGUCUUGUAUGACGGAUGCAGCAAUGGGUGUGAGCCUUCAAAGGUUGGCUACUGUUCGGGCUAA